UCUCGCGCACUCACCCGGGGGACAUGUUGGAACGGCCCAAGCAGUCCGGAAGUGGAGGCCUGUUUGGUGGUGGCCACUUCCGCUUCCGUUUUCUGCACCAGGCCGCGGGGUGCUGUCGCUGCUAGUCUCUUUGCUGCCAUGACAGCCACUCUGCGCCCCUAUCUCAAUGCAGUACGUGCCACCCUGCAGGCUGCCUUGUGCCUGGAGAACUUCUCAUCCCAGGUGGUAGAGCGGCACAACAAACCUGAGGUGGAAGUCAGAAGCAGCAAAGAACUACUGUUGCAGCCUGUGAUCAUUAGCAGGAAUGAGAAAGAGAAAGUCUUAAUUGAAGGCUCUAUCAACUCUGUGCGAGUGAGCAUUGCUGUGAAACAGGCUGAUGAGAUUGAGAAAAUUCUAUGUCACAAAUUUAUGCGGUUCAUGAUGAUGAGAGCAGAAAACUUCUUCAUUUUACGUCGGAAACCAGUUGAGGGCUAUGACAUCAGCUUCCUGAUCACAAAUUUCCAUACAGAGCAGAUGUACAAGCACAAGCUGGUGGACUUUGUCAUUCAUUUUAUGGAGGAAAUUGACAAGGAAAUCAGUGAAAUGAAGCUGUCAGUCAAUGCCAGGGCUCGCAUUGUGGCAGAGGAGUUCCUUAAGAAUUUCUAGACCAAGGGCUGGAAUCCACAGCUUUGCUUUCUCAUUCUCUCUGCACCGCUGCCUCAUUGCGGCUACAGAGAGGCCACAGCUCAGGAGUGAAAUGAGAAGCAGCUAGAUCUGCGAGGGCUGCCCCAGCUCAGUGAACACCGUUCUCGCCAGUGUGCCCAGGGGAGGGGAGGGGAGGGUGCUUUUUAAUAUUUUUGGAACAAAACUGUGCUUGUAUAAGAUUGUGUUGACUUGAUAUUCUUUUUUUUUUAAAAUAUAUGAUCACUUGCUGUAAUUUGUCUCCCUGAAUGUACUAGGGGGGAAGGUGGGAUUGGUUGCCCUAGCAACCCUCCGCAGAAGUUGUUAGGGGAGUUCCAGUUCAGUGGUGUGCAUAGAAAGACUGCCUGCAAUAGCUGACAAAACCUGCCAUUUUCUGUAGUCUGGGGACCAGAAAAAAAUGAGACGGGGAA